CGAAGCUACCCCUCGGCGGCCAGUUGUUUCCUUCUCCUCACAUUUCUCACCAAACUUCCUUUGCCAUUCUGUGAGCUGAGCUCGCAAUUAUGUUCUUUUCCCGAUCGCGGGCGUGGCUUCUUUCGAUCUGACAGCCCUUGGGAUGAUCCGUUACUGACCAUUUCCUUUCAUUCCCCGUUGACCGGUAGCGCCCAUUAUGUCGGUCAUUCAGAACGAAGAGCUAGUUGCGUACCAGCUACGCUGCGGCUACCUCACUGAGAUCGCCGAUGGAGUAGGAGAGCGACUGAUCACCCUUAAUGAGGGGUUCAUGAACUCCUCAGCUUUCAAGGCGGUCGCAUGGCAAGCCAACCCCGAUCUCGUCAAACGAUGUUACUCCCCUCCGAUUCCAACCGCGAUUGCGUCCGAAUAUUUCCAAGCCCCUAGACAGGCUGGAGUGACCCUUGAAGAUGAGCCCGACGAAGCUGGAAUGUUGACCGGAGGAGGCACCGAUACGCUUGGCCCCGGUCUUGCUACAAGAAGAAGGAGGCGGCGGGAGAACCUUGAAGAUGACGAUAGUAGCGAUCUGAGCGAUGAGAGUGAUGACGAUGAUGCCGGCCAGCGAGCGGCCCAGCAGAUCAAGUUCGCCAAGAUGCCCGUUCGAUCGAGGGCCGGCUCCAGUCCGAUUCAGUCAUCGCAAAUCAAGCAAUCCCCAGCUAUGUCUCCUCGCGCAGCCCCCGGCGCACGUCGAGGCUCGCAAUCUGCGUUGGAAGUCGUCAAGGAAAGAGCACGAAGGGAUACAGUGACCAGCAGCGAGGUAUCAUCCGAGAACGAGUUUGACGCGUCCGGGUUCCACAAGCAGCGAGAGGCAGCUAGAGCUGCGGCCAAGUCAGUCAAGCUUCAGGCUAAGAUUCUUGAAGAACCUAGUCUUGGUAUCAAGCGCGCUGGCACGCAGUUGCUACCAGAGGAGGAAGAGGAUGAUUCCGACGGAUCAGACAUGUCUGGCGCCUACAUCGAAAGUAUCGACUCGGCCUCUAUUCUGGAUGCCGUUGAGAACCCGGAGCCUCCCCCGCACAAGCAAGUCGUUGGAACACCUCCCCGAGAGUUCACGAGAACCUCUACUAUUCGAAAGUCGCAAGCGCCACCUCGGAUCUUGCAGGCUCUACCACCACCUCGUCCCAUGAGCACAAUUCGGCCCAUGAGCAUGAUUCAACCUAAGAGUCUGCUUUCUGCCGCUCUCAGGGCUCGGAAGACAAAGCCAAAGGUUCCUUUCGAGGGAUUUGCGGCACUUUCGGGCCAGGGCGAGAACAAUCCCAUUGCAGUCCGCAUCUAUGCUGCCUUCUCUGAAAGCCCUACGAAACCGUUUGAAGUCCCCAUCAGACGCAUGGUGCAUCAUGGCGAGGGUGGCGAUCGGCCCGUCACUGUGGCAGAUCUCAUUGGCCUUGCACUUUGGAGAUACAACGAGGAGAAACGGCAGCCACCUAUACCUGUCGAUAAAGCCAACAUCAACUGGUUCACGCUGAGAAUGGUGGAAGAGGACGGAGAGGUCGAUGAUGACUUCCCGCCCUUUGAGCGCAACAAGGCCCUGACGUCUUUCACCACAGCAAACAACCGAGCUGCCGGAAGAAUGCGAGCCAACUCCAAGACUUAUGAUAACUUUGGAUUGGUCCAAGCGAGUCAAUCCGAGUACGCCGAGAACCAGAGUAUUACUCCGCAAGAGGAAGAAGAGCCGGCCGAGGAAGUUGAUGAAGACUUGACUCCGCGCAACACUCCGCAGCCGAAUCUCAACUCGUUCCUUCCCGUCGCCACAGAGCCUCGCCCGAACCCUGUCACGAAUACUACCUAUCGUCAACAGCAUAGUAUGUUCGCCGACGCACCUCAGGCGCCAGCCGCGGCGCCCAACACGAGCCGGGGUCAACAGAAGCUUUUGCGCGUACACCUCCACUCGACGGAUGUGGCUCCUGGUCAGCUGGUCACGCUAGACACCACGACGGAGACGUACAUGGCCGAGGUGCUGGACAUGGUCUGCCGCAAGAGACAGCUGGACAAGGCCAAUCAUGUCCUCAAGAUGCCCGGCGGCGGCCCCGUCAUCCUGCUUGACACCAAGGUCGCGGCAAUCGGCAGCUUGUCGGAUCUGGAGCUGCAUCGACGCCGUUUCGCUACAGACGGCCCACUCGCCAUGACUGGAUCCCCUGGAAGUGCUUCGCCAAAGCUUCUCCCCUUUGUGGGUGAUCAGCCUGGCCGCAAGUCCAAGAAGCCGCAUAUUAUGGGAAGUCACCCGCUGGCUCAAGAGGCCAUCAAGCAGGCAGAGCUUACCAGCGCAUAUCACAAGGCUUGGGUCGUAUGGCGUUUGCGUACCGUCCGGAUGAUAACACAAUCCGAAAAGCGAUUCGAAAUCGAUGGAGAGUACGUGCACAUCAAACCCACGACGAGAGAUUCCAAAACGACCACGGCGCACAUUUCUCAAGUAAUUGGAUGCAAGGUGUCUAGCAAGCACCCGAACCAAUUCAAGCUGUUUAUCUACCGGGAUACCGAGAGUAAGCGCUACGACUUCGAAGCCAAAUCGGUGGAAGAAGCGCAUGAGAUCGUCAACGAACUUAAGAAGGGAGUUGCACAGGUUAUGGGCUGAGCACCUUGAUAUGGGCUGAGCACCUUGAUCACACUUCGCAUGAUCUGAGGAAUACGGGGCUGCAUCACAUCUGAGCUGUCUUGUUUCCGCCACAACACUACGCCACGUAUACACCGCCACACACACCAACUGUUCAGUGACGUUGCGGAAGAAGCGGCGUCGAACAUUUGGAUGGGCUGAAUGAAGAUCCACUCCAAUUGCUGACUAGAACGGGCUUCGGUUGGUCGGGAUGAAUCCACCCUCCGUGCUGUAGGUAUGCCGGACACGGUGAUUACGCGUCACCGCCAUUGGGGGGUGGGUGGCCACUCUCUCACUGCUUAAAGGUAUGUUAGCAGGGGAAACUUGCUGUCACUGCGGACUCUUCGCCUUCCUCGCGAUUGGGGAACGAGAAUUAUGUAAUAUGUACCACGGCCGGAGGAGCCAGAGAGACAAACAGGGUUGGGCCCCCUUGCGGUAGAAAAUGUGGAAAGGGAUGGAGGAAAUGGGGAUGGUCUCUUUCUGGGUGUGGGGUACAUGUCCAAUUAAGGUUCGCAUCCUGGCCUCUGCGUCAUGCAGAUCAAUACGAUUGGAGCCGCGGGCCGGGAUACUUGGCGCCGCGGUCGCGCUCUCUGCUUUGGUCGGGCUCGGCAAGGCUAGGCACAUUUCGGUUAUGAAGGGAAAGUCUGGGACACCUAAGGUCUGGACACAACGCCAGGGAGAGAGGAUGAUGGCACGAUGGAUGGGCGAGAUGAGGCAAAUAGAGGCCAGGGAAUUGGGGGGAAGGGAGAGGGGAUUGUCAGUACAUGAGCUGACACUAUUUUCCCUCUCAGAUCCCUUUGCGGCAGG